AUAAUCCCGCAGUACAGGGUCUUCCAGGCAGUCCUGGGUGAUUGAAAAGGUAAUUAGUAUGAGUAGCGGUAAUGAUAUUAAAGUGACAACGCCAGUCUCAACCAGGAAGAAGGCGAUUGGCUAAUUGCCCUGCAAAUCAAACCAUACCGCACUGAAGGUGACAGAUAAUUUUAUGCAAGUAAUUUGCAUAAUAUUCAACUCCCCUCCACUCAGUGCAUCUUUCUGGAUAAAUUACUUUAUUGCCCGACGUGGGGGUUUCACUUCUAUCACGGGUACCGUUUUCCCGGUCUUGCUGGUUUUGCGGGGAACUUGCUUGUGUUUGCUGCACAGUUCCGGACCGUGGUGGGAUCAGGUUGUGUUGGGAAUAUGAAUGAAGAUCGGCGGGGGGCGGGGAGACGGGGCGUCGGACCAAUACCGAGGCGCGGGCUCGCCGCAGCCUCGGGAAAGGGGAAAGUUGGCGAAAACACGGCGCCGCGGUCUCGUCGGAAGUUUGCGCGUGCUAGCGGCCGGAGUGCGGCGAAAGCAGAGUCGGUGUCGCUGAAGCCCCCGGGGAUUAUCGGAGUUGCCGACGGACCCGCUCUACGACCCACCACAUGCAAACUGUAAACUCGAAGCAUGCCAUUGCCAGGCCUACCUUACAGGAAGGUAGCACCUCUUCCCUGCUUUCUGUGGUCAGUGGCUGGAACUUAAAGGGGAAACGGAAACAGAGAAAAAGAGAUGAAGAUUCACUGAGCUUGUGUAGCCUCGAUGGAAACGAACCCAGUCACAAACGGGUGAAACCUCUUUCCCGAGUCACAUCUUUAGCAAGUCUUAUUCCUCCUGUAAAGGCCACGCCUCUGAAGCGAUUCAGCCAGACGUUACAGCGUUCGAUUAGCUUCCGAAAUGACAGUCGGCCUGAUGUUUUCACUCCGAGACCCUCUUCCAGAAAUGGUCCAGCUGUUAUUACAAAGCGUCGAGAUAGCAAACUGUGGAGUGAAACAUUUGACAUUCGUGUCAAUCAAAUGCUUACAGCUAAAGAAAUCAAAAGGCAGGAGGCAAUUUUUGAACUUUCUCAGGGAGAACAAGUUUUAAUUGAAGACUUAAAGCUAGCAAAAAAGGCUUAUCAUGAUCCUAUGCUCAAGCUGUCCAUUAUGACUGAACAGGAGUUGAAUCAGAUAUUUGGAACACUGGACUCACUUAUCCCCUUGCACGAAGAUCUUCUGAGUCGGCUCCGGGAAGCCAGGAAACCAGAUGGGACAACGGAACAUGUUGGCCACAUCCUUGUAGGCUGGCUUCCAUGUUUGAACUCCUAUGAUAGUUACUGCAGCAAUCAAGUAGCAGCUAAGGCCCUUUUGGAUCACAAGAAACAAGAUCACCGAGUACACGACUUUCUUCAGCGCUGUUUAGAAUCUCCAUUUAGUCGCAAGUUGGACCUUUGGAACUUUCUGGAUAUUCCACGUAGUCGAUUGGUGAAGUACCCCUUGCUCUUAAAAGAGAUCCUCAGACAUACUCCAAAUGACCACCCGGAUAAACAGCACUUGGAAGAAGCAAUUAAUAUUGUUCAAGGGAUUGUAGCUGAAAUCAACAAGAAGACUGGGGAAUCAGAAUGUCAAUAUUAUAAGGAAAGACUGGUCUUUCUCGAGGAGAGUCAAAAAGAUCCUCUGAUUGAAAAUUCUAAAGUGCUGUGCUGUCAUGGAGAUUUGAAGAACAAUAGAGGAGCAAAGCUCCAUGUUUUCCUUUUUCAAGAAGUGCUUGUAAUUACCCGAGUGGUGACAUGCAGUGAACAGCUGUGCUACCAGCUGUACAGGCAACCCAUCCCUGUCGGGGAUCUGGUGUUGGAUGACCUGCAGGAUGGGGAAGUGCGGUUAGGUGGAUCCAUUAGAGGUGCCUUCAGCAAUAACGAGAGAACAAAAAACUUCUUCAGAGUAAGCUUUGUAGAUCCUUCUGAAGGGCAGUCCCACUCACUUCAGGCCAACGAUGCCUUCAACAAGCAGCAAUGGCUGAACUGCAUCAGACAGGCUAAAGAAGCUGUACAGCGUUCAUCAGGUGACGCAACGACGUUGGGAUGUAAGAGGCGCACCCACCUAACUCCAAAUGGCAUCAUCAUGUCACAUGAAGAACCAAAGCUGGAAACAAUGGAGCAAUCAGACAAUGAAUCAGACUGUAGUAUGGAUACCAGUGAGAUUAGUGGAGACUAUGAACAGAUGGAAGAAACAAACUGUUGUGUAUAUCAAAAGAGAAUAGAGACAGAUAUUUGAUGUCAACACAAUCUGUAGAAGUCCAUGGCGUUUACCUGUACAGUAUUUGCAUUCCAUAAGGAGCAGUUUGGAAAAGCACUUUUAAUCCUUGUGAUUUUGUUCCUGGUGUUUAGAUCACGCAUACUUGACAAAUACUGCCAAGUCUAUCCCUGCCAGCAGGACUUUGUUGUCUCCACUGUUUCUGGUUUAUUGUGUUCUCUAACGUCAUCAUUUGGAUGGAUAAAAUAUUUUAUUAUUGUCAGCAGCACCUUGCUGGGUUGCAGGCUUCUCAAUCACGGUUACCGUUUGGACCAGUUCUAUGUGGAUCGAUACACUUGGAAGCAGCAAGUUAGCAGUUCAGAUGAUUAUGUAGAGCACCAGGCAACAAGUGAGCGAAGCUGAACAAAACACUCAAAAUGAAUGGAAAAAGUAAUUCGUAGCCGACUCUAACAGGCGCUGACCAAUUACAACUAUAACUUAAUGGAGUUUGUUUUUGGUCAUUUCUCCAAGAGGAAGCUUCCUAGUAAUCACUUCUUACUGACUGGACAGAUCCAUCACUCAAGACAUCAUAAACGUAACCCCUAAAUCUGCCAAGUUAUGAAUGUGUUGCGUAAUAUUUUCAGUUUCACAAGAUGAAUUUAUUCAGAAUGUUUGCCCAUGUAAUGUUUUGUUCUGUAUGUAAUAUGCUCAUAUAUAGUAUGAGUCAAAAUGACAAGUCAUGAGAAAAAUGAAGAUGCCAAAGCAUAUCACUUAUUAUUUUGAAGAAAAAUAAUGUUUAAUUUUGCCUGGUAGAAUUCCUUGUAUUUAUAGUUUUUACAUAAAUUGCAAAACUAUUUGGCUAUUCCCAGUAUAUUUGGAACAUUUCAUUUUAAAACACAAGUUCUGCGGAUAGCUAUUCAAUGGCUAGACAAGGAAUUAAUAGAAGAUGGCGUAAAACGUGGCUGUUGCAAUAUUUAAGACUGAUAUGGACUGACAUAUAACCAAUGGAAGAAGCAUAGUCCUGGAAGUAAUACUAUUAUUCAUUUGGUAAACUCAUUAUUUGGAAGACAUCCAGAGUAAGAACAUGACAGUAAAAGGAAUAAACUCAGACGUGGUAAUUUUGUAAAACGGAGUGGUUCUAUUUUUUUUUUAACGACAUUACCAGCCUUUUACUAGCAGUCAAAUUAAAAUGCUGAACUGAAUGAAAAACUGGAACCAAAUAGCAGCGUUUUAGUUUG